UAUCUCUCUGCACCUCUUUUUUCUUCCCUCUCAGAACAGGAACGGCAGCGCUUCUUUCACACGGGUGUCAGGAGGGCUGCUCGCUUGCCGCUCCAGAGUUUCUUGGUUCUGGGUGUGUAGCAGUGAGAAAUGGAAGUAAUUUGUUUCAGGGCUGUGAUAAAUCACCCAGGCUGAAGCUGCAGCCGUUUUGUUCCCUGAGCUGUAGCUCCGUCAUGCUCCCUAUCGCUGCAUGUUUAUUUUCUUUGUAAAUUUUAAAGUAAAGCCCCUUGAAGUUUGGAUACUGUUUCUUGUUGGUCGUUAGUCUUCUGUUUUAAAGGAUGUGUUUAUUGGAAUAUCCGAGGGGAAAACCUGAUGGGGAGCAUUGGACGUGCCACAUAGUCUCUCUAGAGCAAGAAGAAUUAGAAGGGCAUUCCCUUUCAACACUGAUUCCUUGUUAGGUGCUUCCACUUCUGACUUCUUUGCAUUUACUGAGUAUUUACUCUCUAAGGCAAAAGGACAAAGUCCUCUCUUGCUGUUACACGCAUGCCAUUUCGGUGGUGCACUGUUACUCAAACAGCACGGACAGAAUUUCCAUCUUUGGAAUUGCUACUGCAUGGCUGAUGCUUGUUACCCCAUGGCUGACAAGAACAGCACCCUGAAAUGCACGUUCUCUGCUCCUGGCCACAGCACCACUCUACUGCAGGGACUGGCCUCGCUCCGAGCUCAGGCUCAGCUGCUUGAUGUCAUCCUCACUAUAAAUAAUGAAGUGUUUCAGGUUCAUAAAGUUGUCUUGGCUGCCUGCAGUGACUAUUUCAGGGCAAUGUUCACAGGUGGGAUGAGAGAAGCCAGCCAAGAUGUGAUCGAACUGAAAGGUGUAUCUGCAAAAGGACUGAAACACAUAAUAGACUUUGCAUACAGUGCUGAAGUGACUCUUGAUCUUGACUGUAUCCAGGAUGUGCUGGGAGCUGCUGUUUUCCUCCAGAUGGUGCCUGUCGUGGAGCUCUGCGAAGAAUUUCUGAAGUCUGCCAUGAGCGUAGAAACAUGUCUCAAUAUUGGACAGAUGGCCACCACCUUUAGCCUCGCAUCCUUGAAGGAAUCAGUAGAUGCAUUCACUUUUAGGCAUUUCCUCCAGAUCUCUGAGGAAGAGGAUUUCCUCCACCUGCCACUGGAGCGCCUCGUUUUCUUCUUGCAGAGCAAUAAGCUGAAAAGCUGCAGUGAAAUAGACCUCUUCCGUGCUGCCGUCCGCUGGCUGCAGUAUGACCCAACCCGCCGCGCCAAUGCCAGCCAGGUCCUCUGCCACAUCCGCUUCCCACUGAUGAAGUCCUCGGAGCUGGUGGACAGCGUCCAGACCUUGGACAUCAUGGUGGAAGACGUCUUGUGCCGGCAGUAUUUGCUGGAGGCGUUCAAUUACCAGAUCCUGCCCUUUCGCCAGCACGAGAUGCAAUCCCCUCGGACCACCAUCCGCUCAGACGUCCUGUCCCUCAUCACCUUUGGUGGCACUCCCUACACCGACAACGACCGCACUGUGAGCUGCAAAGUCUACUACCUGCCGGACGCCAGCGUGCGCCAGUUUAAGGAGUUGACGGAAAUGGAGGUGGGCAGCAGCCAUUCUUGUGUGGCCGUGCUUGACAACUUUGUCUACGUCGUAGGAGGGCAGCACCUGCAGUACCGGAGCGGCGAGGGAGCUGUGGAUAUCUGCUACCGUUACGAUCCGCACCUGAACCAGUGGCUGCGCAUCCAGGCCAUGCAGGAGAGCAGGAUCCAGUUCCAGCUCAAUGUCCUCCACGGCAUGGUGUAUGCCACGGGUGGGAGGAACCGGUCAGGGAGCUUGGCCUCCGUAGAGAAGUAUUGCCCCAAAAAUAACGAGUGGACUUACGUGUGCUCCCUGAAACGCAGGACGUGGGGGCACGCUGGAGCCACGGUAGGGGACAAAUUGUACAUAUCAGGUGGGUAUGGCAUUUCAGUAGAAGACAAAAAAGCCCUGCACUGUUACGACCCUGCUGUGGAUCAGUGGGAGUUUAAAACCCCGAUGAAUGAACCCAGAGUUCUGCAUGCCAUGGUCAGCGCAAAUAAUAGGAUUUACGCUCUGGGAGGCCGCAUGGACCACGUUGACCGUUGUUUCGAUGUUUUGGCUGUGGAAUAUUAUGUGCCUGAAACAGACCAAUGGACAACGGUGAGCCCGAUGCGUGCAGGUCAGUCAGAAGCUGGCUGUUGUUUACUAGAAAAAAAGAUUUAUAUCGUAGGAGGGUACAAUUGGCAUCUGAACAAUGUUACGAGCAUUGUGCAGGUGUACAACACAGAAACGGAUGAAUGGGAAAGGGACCUACAUUUUCCAGAAUCUUUUGCUGGGAUAGCAUGUGCUCCUGUUAUACUCCCGCAGGUAACCACCCAGAGAUAACUAUGCAUGACGGCGUCGGCCUGUGAAGUCACCUCCUGUUGCAUGUUAUCAGGAUGCUGUGGUGUUUCUUUGUUGUUUGCAAAUGGUAUUGUGCAUUUUGUGGGUGAGGGAAGGAGAAAAAUAGCUUGCGUUCCCUCCUCCAUAAAGUCCCUCCUCCUCUUAUGUAGUGUUCUGGCAAGCAUGUUUCAUCAGAAGCACUUGUCAGCUAGUUAGACUUCACAGAUGUUACAGCUGGAAAAAGCCUUUCUCUUUUUUUAUUUUUUCCUUUUUUUUUUAUGGGGGGGUGCAUUUUGCCAGUUUUUCAUAUUUUUAACAAUGUUAUACAUUGCAAACAUUGACAGCUCAGGAGUAACUUAAGUACUGUGGUUUGUUUAAAAGAGUUCAGGUGUGAUUUUUAUUAAUAGCUCCGAAAAUCAUUGUAUGUUGCUUUGUUGUUUUUUAGCAAACAAAGAAACCAAAAGCUAUAUAACAUACUGACCUCCAGAAGCAAUAAAGGGACAGUGGGAGCUAGAAGAGCUCAGGUGCUUGGAUUAUGAAAGCAUAUUCUUGCUUUUCAAAGGUGACUUUGUUUUUGCCUCUCCUCCUAAAAGGGGAAUAUUUAUCCCUGCACACCUCUGGUCUCUGUUGGUUCUUCAUUGCUUGUAUUACGCUGCAAUUCCAGAUCCCUUCCUCACCACCCCCAGACAGCACCGUGAUGCUCUAGUCCAGAAAUUCUCCCUUAAUCGGGGCAUUCAGAGUUUGCAACACUAAAGCCAUGCCGAUAGCUUGAUUACAUAUCAACAGGCAUGAUUUUUAAAUUUUUUUUUUAAUAACUGCCAAAAAUUUAUUUGGCUUCACUGGCAAUAAGAGGUCUGGAGCUGUUCGCCUGGGCUGCCCCACUAAAGCAGAGAGCCCCCCCCCCCCCCCCAGUUUCUGGUUUGGGACCCCGUUGCCUUUGCCUACCCCAUCGCUGCACCAAUACGCAUUCAUCCGAACUCUUUUCGUAUGAAAAGAGUAAAGGAGGUGGGUGCUACUUGCUCAUAAGCUUGAAGGUUUUCUCCCUUGACUUGUAAAUAAGACACUUGGCAUCAUAAUACGAUGGAAAUCCAAGUGGAAUGGGUUUUUUUUGUUGUUGUUGCCAGUGGGUGUUUUAAAUUAAGAGAUUCAUUUUAAGAUGACUCUGUCAUUUUUGUAAAAAUCUGUGUUUACUGCACAGAAUACUGUUACUUCCUGAACUUUCCUUCCUUCCAAGCCAUUUUUUCUAAUUAAUUUGACUGAUUAAUAUAUUGAAAGUUUCUCCUUCUAUCAGGUAUUCCGUUUCAAGGGCUUUGUUUUGUAUCUGUGUAAGUUUGAUUUUGAUGUAUGCAGUCUUCUUUUUAGAGAAACUGUUGCAUUCUGCUGUUAAAUAAAUACUGUGCUGUAA